GGGAGUGCGGGGUAGCGGUGCGGGGAGUCGGGUGAGCGCGCGGAGCUGGGCGGCCCCUCCUCCAGCGGCGAGUCGCUGCGCGUCCCCGCGUCCCCAUGGAGCAGCUGCUGCGCACCGAGCUGCGCACCGCGACCCUGCGGGCCUUCGGCAGCCCGGGCGGCGGCUGCAUCAGCGAGGGCCGCGCCUACGACACGGACGCGGGCCCCGUGUUCGUCAAGGUCAACCGCAGGGCGCAGGCCCGGCAGAUGUUCGAGGGCGAGCUGGCCAGCCUGGAGGCGCUCCGGAGCACCGGCGUGGUGCGCGCGCCGCGGCCCUUGAGGGUGAUCGACCUGCCGGGGGGCGGGGCCGCCUUCGUGAUGGAGCAUUUGAAGAUGAGGAGCUUGAGCAGUCAGGCAUCCAAACUUGGAGACCAGAUGGCAGAUUUGCACCUUUAUAACCAGAAGCUCAGGGAUAAGUUGAAGGAGAAAGAGAACACAGUGGGACGGAGGGCUGAGGACACUGAGCCCCAGUAUGUGUCCAAGUUCGGCUUCCACACGGUGACGUGCUGCGGCUUCAUCCCACAGGUGAAUGAGUGGCAGGAAGACUGGCCGACCUUUUUCACCCAGCACCGGCUCCAGGCACAGCUGGACCUCAUUGAGAAGGACUAUGCUGACCGGGAGGCACGAGAGCUGUGGUCCAGACUACAGGGGAAGAUCCCGGACCUGUUCCGUGGCCUGGAGAUCGUGCCUGCGCUGCUCCACGGGGACCUGUGGUCGGGAAACGUGGCCGAGGAUGACGCGGGGCCCGUCGUGUACGACCCUGCUUCCUUCUACGGCCACUCCGAGUUCGAGCUGGCGAUCGCCUCGAUGUUCGGGGGGUUCCCCGGGGCCUUCUUCGCUGCCUACCACCGGAAGAUCCCCAAGGCCCCGGGCUUCGACCGGCGGCUGCUGCUCUACCAGCUGUUCAACUACCUGAACCACUGGAACCACUUCGGCCGCGGCUACCAGCCGGCGCUGGGCACCAUGCGGCGGCUCCUCAAGUAGCGGCCGGCGCCCCGC